GCACUCCAGACACCUUAUAAAAGGCGCAGCAACGACCGGGUUGGUCUCAGAGUGCUUCUUGGAUUCCACCUAGCAUCAACAUGUUCCUGACAAAGUCCCUCGUUUGUCUCGCCAUCCUGGCGAUCGCCAACGCCCAGUUCAACACCAACUAUGCCGCUGGCCGCAGCGGUAUGGUCCACCUCUUCGAGUGGAAGUGGGACGACAUCGCCGCCGAGUGCGAGAACUUCCUGGGCCCAAAGGGCUACGCCGGUAUUCAGGUGUCGCCCGUGAACGAGAACGCCGUGAAGGAUGGACGCCCGUGGUGGGAGCGCUACCAGCCCAUCUCAUACAAGCUGACCACCCGUUCUGGCAACGAGCAGCAGUUCGCCAGCAUGGUCAGGCGUUGCAACAACGUCGGAGUGCGCACCUACGUGGACGUCGUCUUCAACCAUAUGUCAGCUGAUGGUGGCACCUACGGAACCGGCGGCAGCACCGCCAGCCCCAGCACCAAAAGCUACCCUGCAGUGCCCUUCUCUUCUCUGGACUUCAACCCCACCUGCGGCAUCUCGAACUACAACGACGCCAACCAGGUUCGCAACUGCGAGCUGGUGGGUCUGCGUGACCUGAACCAGGGCAACUCCUAUGUCCGGGACAAGGUUGUGGAAUUCUUGGACCAUUUGAUCGAUCUUGGUGUGGCUGGAUUCCGCGUGGACGCUGCCAAGCACAUGUGGCCCGCAGAUCUGGGUGUCAUCUAUGGGCGCCUUAAGAAUCUGAACACCGGUCACGGCUUCGCGUCCGGAUCCAAGGCCUACAUCGUGCAGGAGGUCAUCGACAUGGGUGGCGAGGCCAUCAGUAAGAGCGAGUACACUGGCCUGGGCGCCGUCACCGAGUUCCGUCACUCCGACUCAAUCGGCAAGUGCUUCCGCGGCAAGGAUAAGCUGACUUACAUGUCCAACUGGGGCACCGGCUGGGGCUUUGCUGCCUCCGAUCGCUCGCUCGUCUUCGUAGACAACCACGACAACCAGCGCGGACACGGUGCAGGUGGGGCUGAUGUGCUCACUUACAAGGUGCCCAAGCAGUACAAGAUGGCCUCCGCCUUCAUGUUGGCCCAUCCCUUCGGCACUCCCCGGGUCAUGUCCUCCUUCUCCUUCGACGACACUGACCAGGGUCCACCCACCACUGACGGACAAAACAUUGCUUCUCCCACCUUCAACAGCGACAAGUCCUGCGGCGGCGGAUGGGUGUGCGAGCACCGCUGGCGCCAGAUCUACAACAUGGUCGCCUUCAGAAACGCCGCCGCCGAUGCGGCACUCCAGAACUGGUGGUCCAACGGAAGCAACCAGGUCGCCUUCAGCCGUGGCAACAGGGCUUUCGUGGCCUUCAACAACGACAACUACGAUCUUAACAGCUCCCUGCAGACGGGUCUGCCCGGCGGCACCUACUGCGACGUCAUCUCCGGCGAGAAGAGCGGCUCCUCCUGCACAGGCAAGAGCGUCACCGUUGGUUCCGAUGGACGCGCCAACAUCAACAUUAGCAGCUCCGCUGCCGAUGGUGUCGUGGCCAUCCACGUCAACGCCAAGUUGUAAAGGACACAGACUCAGUGCUUGUUAAACUCAAAACCCAAGCACUCAAAAUCGAGAUUAUUAUUAUUAAAUACACAAUGAUAUUAUUGCAAAACAAAA